AUGUCGUCUAUGAACCAGCGCUUCCGCAAGCUAGUCGGCUCAACUCGCAGGUCCUCCAGCAACAACUCCCUCACCACCCAGUCCUCUGGUCUCUCCUCCAACACCAACCUCGCCCCGCCCACCUCCUCCCCGGGCCCGCCGGCGACCACCAACGGUUCCGCCGCGCCCAACCCCUCCUCCGCUGCCGCAAGCACCGCCGCCUCGCCCUCACCGCCGCCUCCCAACGCUUCUCAGACCUCCGUCAACCAGUCAGCAAACGCUUCGUCGACCUCGCUGGCGAUGAACAAUAACCAGCCGCAGGGAGGGCAGCAGCCAUUGGGUCGCCCACCGUCAUAUCAGUAUGCCAGCUCCGGCAAUACAAAUCUAGGUCCUCCUGGUGCGCAUCCUAACGCGGGUAGGCCCACGAGUCCAAUGCCUCCGCCGCCCAUCAACACCGGUGCUGCUGGUGGUGGUGGUGGUAAUGGUGGUGCCGGUGGCCACGCCUACGCGCCGCAACAUCAGCAGCAGAUGUAUCAGCAGCCCAACCCACCAGGCUAUCCGAUGCAGCAACAGCAAGGCUACGGCGGUUAUGCACCACAAGCAGUCCAACAACACGGAGGCUACCCACGACAGGAGAUGGAGGGCAACGCGCGCAGCAAGGCACAGCUGAUCGUGGGCAUUGAUUUCGUACGUAUGAACCCGUACUCGACGUCUCGGCACACAUGCUGACUAUAUGUUCCACCUCACAGGGCACUACCUUCUCUGGUGUCGCCUUCGCCUUUGCGACCAACACCGAGGCCAAAGAGGAUAUCAUCGUCGAAUGGCCAGGUGCUGGUACGCAGACGAAGCAAAAGGUAAGCAUACGGCAUCGCUCAGCCUCGCAGCCUCGCAACCUCGCAGCUUACUGACCCCCUACACUAGAUCCCAACAGUCCUCUACUACGACCAGCAUCAACAAGUCGUCGGCUGGGGUCCAGAUAUUGCCGAAGCCCUCGCACCUACAGGUUAUCCCAAGCCUGGUGUGCAAAAGGUGGAGUGGUUCAAGCUGCAGCUCAUGCUCAGCGGCAACACUUACAUAGAUCCCAUCAACCUCCCACCGCUUCCACCAGGCAAGUCUGAGAUCGAUGUUGCGGCCGACUACCUGUUCAAGCUCCGACAAGCCAUGCGAAACCAGCUGCAAAAGACUCUGGGUGAGGUGUUCAACCGAGAAGAGCGGAACAUUAGAUAUUUCUUGACGGUACCAGCCAUUUGGAACGACGCUGGAAAGGCCGCGACAAGAGCAGCUGCAAUCCAAGCCGGAUUCCUCCGCGAUGAGAACGACAAUCGAUUGACGCUGAUCACCGAGCCUGAAGCGGCAGCCAUGUUCUGCUCCAAGACUGGUCUCCUGAGCCUCAAAGUCCACGAUGCCGUGUUGAUUGUCGAUUGCGGUGGUGGUACUGUUGAUUUGAUCGCCUACGAAGUCGAAGAGGAAUCUCCUUUCACCGUCGCCGAAUGUACAGCUGGUUCCGGUGACUCUUGCGGUUCUACGGCGCUGAACCGUAACUUCUCCAACAUUCUGCGAGCGAAGAUUAGAAAGAUGAAGCUCCCGGAUGGCUCAAAAACAGCAGGCAAGGUCUACGCGAAGUGUAUCAUGGACUUUGAGAACAGAAUCAAGGCUGAUUUCCGAAACAAUGGGCAGAAGUGGGCGGUUGACGUUGGAAUUGAGGCCGAGUUCCCCGAAGCUGGCAUUGAGGAAGGAUACAUGACCUUCACAAACGAAGAGAUUCUGCAGUGCUUCGAGCCUGUGGUCAACCGGAUUCUGGAGCUGGUUAGGAACCAGAUCAUUGCAAUCCAGGCACAGAACAGAGCCUUGCAAGUGAGUCUCAAACGCGUUGCUGUGCGCCAGAAACAGACACUGACCAUUCGCAGAACGUCCUCGUUGUCGGUGGUUUCGGUGCGUCCGAAUACCUCUUCCAGCAGAUCAAACUACAUGUGCCGCCGCAAUUCCAGAACAAGGUUGUACGCCCCAUGGAUUCCGUCGCUGCGAUUGUCAAGGGCGCUGUCACUGCCGGUAUUACCGAGCGUGUCAUCACCUCGCGUGUUGCGCGAAGACACUACCUCAUGGCGACCUUGCAGCCGUUCAAGGAGGGUCACCAUCCAGAGCAAUACCGCGUUCCAUCUCUGGAUGGCAAAGACCGCUGCAAAUACACCAGGCAGAUCUUCGUGCAGAAGGGUCAAAGGGUCAAGAUUGGCGAACCAGUCAAAGUCUCUUUCUUCCGACAAGUGGCUCCGGGUGCUACCCUCAUGUACGAGGACGUGCUGUAUGCCUGCGACGAGGACGUUUGCCCUGAAUAUACCAAGGACCCACGUAAGUCACUACGAUCACGACCCACACGCACGCAAGCACUGACAUUCUCUAGGUAUCAAGGAAAUCGUCACUUUAACAUCCGAUCUCAGCCGAAAGAACCUCGAAAAGGACUUCGAACGCAUGGACACACCUCAAGGAACCUUCUACCGUGUCUACUUCGAUAUCUAUCUCACCCUAGACGGUUCGGAAUUCAACGCCGAGCUCGUCUGCCAAGGAGAAGUCAUGGGUCGCUGCUCCGCAAGAUUCAGAUAG